AUGAAAUUCAUCAAUGCCAUCGAUACAAAAAAUCAUCUUCACAUCGAAGAUAAUUCUACUAAAUGUAUUAUAAAAAACAAUGUCAAUUAUUUUUCAUCUAUUUUGGUAGAUGAAGCUGGAAACCCUUCGGAGGCUCUUUUAAAAUUAUUAGAGCAAUUCGAUCUAAAUACUAGCAAUACAUUUAAAAAUAUUGUUGAUGACAUGCAAAAAAACUUUCUUAGAGAGCAGGGCAAAGAACGGUGGCAAAUUAUAGAUAAAUAUCAAGAUAAAAAAAAUAAAUUGGUUCCUUUAUUUAGUGAAUUGGGAAUGUUUCAUAAAGUAAAAAGCGCACAGUCUCAUUAUUCUUGUGCUUUAAUAUUGGGUGGAUUAUUACAAAGUGUUCGUAAUCGUCUUGCCUUUUUAGUAAGCGAAUGGGAACGAGGUGUUCGUUUUAAUGAAAUCGUUCUUCUCGGUUCCUCUCGACCAUUAGUGCCUGAGAAAGAAUCUCCAGAAAAGUUAAAAAAUAAAACAGAACCCAUUCUUCCUGCCCGUUCGGAUUGGGAAUUUGAAGGAAAGUUACCAACUAAUGAGAUAGAAAUGAUGUCUUUUAUUUUUGAUCAAGCGCAACUUCCUGAAGGAUUAAGAAGUUUAAAGGUUACCGCUGUUAAUGCUCCAAAUAAACGAGAUAAAAAUGGAGAAGAAAGGCGGGCACAGACUGCUGAUACUAUUAUUACUUGGCUAAAUGAAGCAAAACCAGUUGCUGGAUCACUACUUGCAGUUUCUUCUCAGCCAAAUAUUGGCUACCAGCACGAGGUUGUACUUCAUUGUCUUCCCAGAAAAUUUCAGUUAGAAACAAUUGGCUCAGGUAGAUCUACUCAAAAUGUUAAUGUGGGAGAAAUGGUCGAUAGUUUAGCACGUUGGUCAUAUUGUGUAAAUAUUUCUCGUAUGAUGCAGGAAAAUUGA